ACAAAGAAGGGCUCGGACACUCGCUGAGGGGCCACGGGAGGCCAGCCAGGUGCCCAAGAGCGAAUAUGCACGCAGCCUACAGGGCCUCGGUCGCCCCGGGGAGGAAGCAGCGGAGCCCCCAUUUAAUAAAUCUGUUGGCAAAUGAGGCUCAUUAUUAGAUAAAUAUUUCACUGCUUCCUUUAGGGCGGAUAAACAGAGCGCGGCCGAUUAAGGGAAGGAAGCUGGGGGACGUUGACUUUAUGCGAACCACAUGGUUCCAGUUUGUGGAGGCUUCCUCGCUGCCGCUGAAAGCGACGCUGCGCCAGCCGCGCGUCCGGAUCCGAGUCUCCAAGGUCCCGCCAGCAGCCAUCCGUGGACCCGGAUUAAGGGGAUGCCGCGGCCCAGGAGACCUGUCCCCAAGGCGGCCGCGGGCUCGGCCGAGCCAGACCACCUGUGAGGGCGGCGGAGAUUGGCGGAGGCGGUCAUGUGGCCGGUCACGUGCCGAGGCGAGCUCCGUCCAAAAGAAAAUGGGGUUUGGUGUAAAUCUGGGGGUGUAAUGUUAUCAUAUAUCACGCUACCUCGUAAAACCGACACUGAAAGCUGCCGGACAACAAAUCACAGGUCAAAAUUAUGAGUUCUUCGUAUUAUGUGAACGCGCUUUUUAGCAAAUAUACGGCGGGGGCUUCUCUCUUCCAAAAUGCCGAGCCGACUUCUUGUUCCUUUGCGCCCAACUCGCAGAGAGGCGGCUACGGGGCGGGCGCCGGCGCCUUUGCCUCGACCGUGCCGGGCUUGUACAAUGUCAACAGCCCCCUGUAUCAGAGUCCCUUCGCGUCCGGCUACGGCCUGGGCGCCGAUGCCUACAGCAACCUGCCCUGCUCCUACGACCAGAACAUCCCCGCACUCUGCAGCGACCUCGCCAAAGGCGCCUGCGACAAGGCGGACGAGGGCGCGCUGCACGGCUCGGCCGAGGCCAGUUUCCGCAUCUACCCUUGGAUGCGAUCUUCAGGACCCGACAGGAAGCGGGGCCGCCAGACCUACACGCGCUACCAGACACUGGAGCUGGAGAAGGAGUUCCACUUCAACCGCUACCUGACGCGCCGCCGCCGCAUCGAGAUCGCCCACGCGCUCUGCCUCACAGAGCGCCAGAUCAAGAUCUGGUUCCAGAACCGGAGAAUGAAGUGGAAGAAGGAGCAUAAAGAUGAGGGACCGGUGGCCGCCGCGGCCCCCGAGGGCGCCGGGCCUGCAGCCGCCACCACCACCUCCACCGCAGCUGUCGGGGACAAGGUUGAAGAUGAGGAAGAGGACGAUGAAGAUGAGGACGAGCAGGAGGAGGAGGAAUGAGCAGCCUGGCCCAGUCCAGGGACAGUCGGGGAAAAGCGUCUUUAAGUGACUCACUGAUUUUAUUUACAAAAUGGGAGGGAAAUAAAA